UAUGGAAGGGCGAUUAUGUCCAUUGGCCACCGGGUCAAAGAAAGAUGAUGAACUGUCAGCUGCAGAGAACUGUUUUACAUCGUUUAAACGGUAUCUGUAAAUGUUUCCAGAAAAACAGCAAACAUGUCAUAGCGGCCAUUAUAGAUGGAGGGGGUAUACGUACGUCAGUGCCAACGGGUUGUCAGUUUUCUACUAGUUGUGUAAAUAGUUCAGGACACCAAGAAGUAAAACGUACACAAGUACAAGUGCCAAAAUACCCCUCAUCAAAUGAGUAUCUACCCUUUUCAUUUACCUCACAUAUUUGUGCCUCUCCAUGUCACUCAUUUAUAGCCAAUCAAAACAAUUUUAGUACAUUUUCCCGUGGACAUAUAAUUAUCAAAAACCAUACCAGUCAUUCGUCAGAAACAGUAAAUUCUGUGCGUUGGUUUAGUGACAAUAGCGAAGAUGGAAAACAAAUAAAAAAGGCAAAGUUAAUGGACUUUGGGCCCGAUAAAAAACUUCCUAACAUCUUCAAAUCUCUGAAAAAUUACUGGUUUGGACUAUUAAUAAGAGGCUAUUUUGAUCCAGAAUUCAGUCUUGGAAAUUUUUUAGCUGGUGCAGAGCAGGCUGUAGUGGUUGUAUCACAGUUGGUAGGAGAAGGUAAAUUUAGUGACUUAAAUGGAUUAGUUGAGGAUGAGGCUAUCAAAGAAAUAGAAAGAAAUUAUGGUUAUUUAAAUAUCAAACAAAAAAAUGAGAUACCGGUUAAAAGAGAAGACAUAAUUCAUCGUUUUAUCUAUGAAAUAGGGAUGAUGUUUGAUGAUAAUAGUAAGAAGCGUUUUGUUGAAAUAACUGUUGUGGUUUUCGGGGAAAAAGAUCGUCCAUUAUCAACAAGAUUUUUUCCAGAUAUUAAUAGAUGUUUUAUUUGCAAUUACAGGUUUAUUAAAGAAUUUACCAAAGGAGUUGAAAGUGAUUGGACUAUAAACAAAUUAAAUCAUAAAUUUACAUUCUUUUCUCAUUGAAUGAUAUAUACCCCCUCGAUAGUACAUAUUUACAUUGUAUUUACUUGAAAAAUACUAAAAAAUUAUCAUCAUAAUCUGAUAAAUAGUCGGUAAUAGAUGCAUGUAUAUCAAACCAGAUAAUAAGCAAUCUAUGGAUUUUCCAACUUUUAUUUUUGUUUAUGAACAGUUUUGACAUGGAUGUAACUGAAACAUUGAUUGGGAGGGAUGUAACAAGAGACAUUGUUUAGGAGGGAUGUAACAAGACACAUUAUUUAGGAGGGAUGUAAUAGAAACAUUAUUUAGGAGGGAUGUAAUAGAAACACUGGAGGUUGGUUAGUUUUUAAGGAAUUCCAAUAAUUAACCCAUUGGUAAAUACUUUUAGAAGUUUUAUUUUGUCAUGGUCUGUUAAAAUAUAUCUGGAGGAUUAGAUGGGUUUAUUUCACUCAAACAUUAAAUUAGUGCUUUUGGGCUUUUGGAGAUCUUCGCAGGUCGGUUAAAAAUGAUUUUCUAAAUACUUAUUUAAUAUGCAAUCCCAUUUCAGGGUACAGAUUAAAUUGUACACAUAAAUUGGGACAGAAUUUCCAAUCUGCUACUAGAUAUAAAUUGUUAAAUGUCCAACAAAUCAGAAUUUUGACUUGUUUAAAGGCUCAAUACCACUCUUGUUGUAACUGAAUAAUAUGUCCCAAUCUUUAUUCUGGUCAACAAAUUGUACUAUUUUAGAAUAUUUCAAUUAAUUGAUGAUACAAAUUUCAUCUUAACACACCUUAUUUAAAAAUUUUGAAAAAUUCAACAUAACGGUUUGAAACGUCUAACGUAAACCUUUUCAAAUGAAACUUCGAUUUAAAAAUAUUUUCGAACCCUCUGGACAAGUAAAAUAGGAUGUAAUGGAUAAUUUACACAACAAGUAGGCCACUUAAACAUCUAGUACUUAGAUAGAGAUAUUAUUUAUUUUCUGGAGCUUUCAAGCCAGCAAGAGUGUUAUUGUCCCUUUAACAGUGCUUGUUGUAAACUAUCUAAUCUGAUGAAACACAAUUAUGUUAAUGAACCAUAAGACUACCCUUAUCCCAGAUUUCAAAACCACAACAGCAACACCAGAAUUGAUGGAUUUCUAGGAAUAGUGUUUAUGGUCCACAACAUGCUACCAAAGAUGUGAUGGCUAAACUCUGCCAUGUGAUUAAAUAUUGUGCCAUAUGACUUUGUGUUAGAGGAAAAGAUGAAUUAAUUUAUUAUAAAGUCUUAAUAAAUGGCCCAUUUCUUCAUAAAUUCUUGGGGUUUUUUUCUUUCUUAUCUGUAUGUUUUUUGGCAAUAACAAAUUGUUCAUUA